GUGGCCGGUCGCAGUGACAAUGUCUGAAAUGUCCACCAUGGGGGAUAAAGGCAGCCCUCUUCAGGCCAUUGUCGAAGCAGACUUAUUGGACGAGAGAUACCAAACCACUCAACGAGGCCUCAAAAACCGCCAUGUCCAGCUCAUCGCCCUGGGCGGUACGAUCGGUACCGGUCUCUUCGUCGCCUCCGGCCAAGCGAUGGCCAUCGGAGGACCUGCAAGCCUACUCGUCGGGUAUAUCAUUAUUUCGGUCAUUAUCUACUCGCUGGUCACCGCGGUUGGCGAGGUCGCUUCGUAUCUACCGGUCCAUGGCGCGAGUAUGAGUUAUCACGGCUUUCGCUACGUGUCGCGCAGUCUGGGGUUUGCGAUGGGAUAUCUAUACUGGUACUCGCUGGCGAUUUUGAUGGCGUACGAGUUGACAGCGUGCUCGUUGAUCAUAUCGUACUGGAAUACGAGCAUCAACGUCGCGGUGUGGAUAUCGAUAAUGCUGGUUGUGGUGGUUGCGCUGAACUUCCUGCCGGUUCGCGGAUACGGCGAGGUAGAGUUCUGGUUCGCCGGUGUCAAGAUCAUCACUCUACUAGGGCUCUUCUUGCUAUCGUUUAUCCUCAUGCUGGGCGGUGGUCCUGACCACGAUCGAAAAGGCUUUCGCUACUGGAACAACCCGGGCGCAAUGAACGAGUACCUCGUUGGAGGUAAUGCCGGUCGCUUCGUCGCGCUUCUAGCGACUAUCCAAAAAAGCAGUAUCGCCUUUAUCUUCGGCCCAGAGCUGAUCGUCCUCUCUGGAUCUGAAAUGGUCUCGCCGCGACAGAACGUCUCCCGCGCAGUACGCAACUUCGUCUAUCGACUAGUAUUUUUCUACAUCCUUGGAGCCCUGGCCAUCGGCAUCAUCUGCCCAUCUAACGAUAGCAGACUCACCAGUGGCGGCUCAGGAGCUGGCUCUUCGCCGUUCGUGGUGGGAAUCAAAAACGCCGGAAUCCCAGUAUUAGACCAUAUUAUCAACACCGCGAUUUUGACCAGCGCAUGGUCAGCCGGAAAUGCAUUCCUGUACAUGUCCUCGCGAUCGCUGUACUCGCUGGCGAUAUCCGGUAAUGCGCCAAAGAUAUUCAAGACCUGCACUCGUCGUGGCGUGCCAUACUACGCGGUCGGCGCUUCCUCGCUCUUCGCGGGCCUGGCCUACCUCUCUGUCGGGAGCUCGAGCUCCGUGGUUUUCAACUGGCUGGUAAACUUCACCAACACGUCUGGCUUCAUCUCGUGGGUAUGCUGCUGCGUCGUGUACUUCCGUUUCUGUCGCGCGGUUCAAGUCCAAGGCAUCGAGAAGCCGUACGAAAGCCGCUUACAACCAUGGGGCGCAUACAUCGGCAUGGCAGGCUCCAUCUUCCUCAUGCUCAUCAACGGCUUCACGGUAUUCUUCCCAUCAGAAUGGUCCGUUAGCAACUUUUUCACGGCGUAUAUUGGCAUCCCGGCAUUCCUUGCGUUGUACUUUGGCCACCGGAUCGUUUAUUGGCAGGAUCCGUGGGCGUGGAGACCGGAAGACGUGGACAUGCAGACCGGAUUGCAGGAGAUUCUCGAGGCCGAAGAACCGCCGCGACCUCGGAGGACGUUGAAGGAGAAACUGGGUGUCUUGGUCGAUUAGCCCUACGAUAACGUCAUGUUGUUUUCAUAUCGCGAUCGAUAAGAUAGGCUGAUAAUGAUAAGAUGAUAAGAUGCUAUCGGGGACCGGCGCAGUCCGUGAGUCUUGUAUAGAUACGGUGAAUAUAAAUACUUGGAAGCGGUAACUAGUUAUGCUGCAUUUGUAAUUCGCUGCAUUUGACCGCUACUCCAACUGUCUAUUCUGUACACUGACGUAUUCGCCAUCCGCGAGCUCAAGGGGUAUAAAGUCAAUCGACCUCGAUCCGUUGUUCUUCCUGACAACUUGGCCGCUCAACCAAAUCAACUCAAAAUGACCAUCGACAUCCGCCCAUUAACGCCUCCCCCGGGCUCCGACAUCAAAUUCGGCGCGAUAGUCGACAACAUCGAUCUCGAGAAUCUCACUG